AUGGAUACCCCUCCUAACGAAGGGCAUGCCUCAUCAGGCACAUCGUUGCGCUUCGAAGAAAAGGGCGUAUGCUGGCUUGCAGGAUGCAGCGAGGAGUCCCUUCGAAAGACGCUGGGGAUCCGCAUGAAACGUUCUGCAUGUUUCCUAACCAACACCAAGCAAUUCAAAAGUCCUCCGCCUCUUUCUGCUCCCUCCUCCCCUGAUGUUCCCGCCGGAAAGCCCCUCAUUCUUUAUGAACCCAAGGAACCAGGCGAACAUAAGGUAGAAGUAGACCCCAUGCUUACGAGGUGGCUACGCGAGCAUCAGAGGGAGGGUGUGCGCUUUGUAUUUGAAUGCCUAAUGGGUCUCAAGGAUUUCGACGGCUACGGCUGCAUUCUUGCAGAUGAUAUGGGUUUGGGAAAGACUUUGCAGAGUAUCACAAUCCUCUGGACUCUCCUAGAGCAGGGAAUUGACGUAGUUCCAGGCAAAUGGACGACGAGUGCAUCUGCUGCGUUAUUUGCCACAGCUGCAAGGAGAGCAGUGGUGGUUUGUCCCGCCUCUCUGGUCAACAAUUGGGCCGCGGAACUGCAAAAGUGGCUGCAGGGACGUUGCCCGUGUACUGCUGUAGCGGACAGCUGCAAGGACAAAGUCGUUUCGAAAUUUGAAGGCUUUAAAUAUGAUCGCCAGUCUCGCGUGCUCAUUGCAAGCUACGAAACAUUCAGAGCCCAUGCACAUCGUGUUGCGUCCGUUCCGAUUGAUCUUAUCAUUUGCGACGAAGCUCACCGGCUGAAAAACGACAAAACGAAGACAUCCGUCGCUAUUAGUCAGCUUCCUGCCAAACGCCGGCUCCUCCUUAGUGGCACUCCUAUACAAAAUGACUUAGACGAAUUUUUCUCCCUAGUGUCCCUCUGCAACCCCAAUGUUCUCGAGCCUGGAGCGACGGAUGCCGAACAGGAACUGGCUGCUGAAAGAUUAACGGAACUCUCCUCUAUUACGAACCUUUUCAUUCUUCGACGAACCAAUGCUCUUCUUGCAAAAGUACUGCCCCCCAAGGUUAUCAUCAAUUUGUUUUGCAACCUCACGCCGCUGCAAGUCGCCUUUUAUCAAGAAUUUCUUAGGUCUAAAUGCUGCAGAAAGCUGUUGGACACGGAUGGCAGCGGUGGUUCUUCUGGUGUUACUGGGAAGGUCCUGUCAUCAAUACAGGGGCUCAUGAAGCUUUGUAAUCAUCCAACACUUAUUAAAAACCAGUCGCUCCUUCUUACGGGAUUCGAGAAAUGCGCGAGACUUUUUGAAGAUCUAGACAUAGAAGGCACAAAGGCCCGCGUCCGCUCAAUCCGGCCUGAUAUAUUAUUGCAUGCCAUCCGCGUGAACACAAGUGACAAGGUUGUACUCAUCAGCAACUACACGCAGACCCUUGAUUUGUUUGAGCGGCUUUGCAAGGAUUCUGGUUAUCCUUGCGUUCGCCUGGAUGGCACGACAUCUAUCAAGAAGCGCCACGAUCUUAUUACCAAAUUCAACGAACCCAGUGGCUCGGCCGCAACCAGCUUCGCGUUCCUACUUAGCAGCAAGGCUGGAGGGUGUGGUGUGAAUCUAGUGGGUGCAAAUCGCCUUGUUCUCUUCGACCCAGACUGGAACCCGGCAAAUGACAAACAGAGGCAAAUAUGCAAGGACGGUCUUAGUGCCAUGCUUGUCAGCGAAGGGGAAAACCAAAUAAAGGAUUCGCCUUGUGGAGUGCCAUCUGCAGAAACUGAGGACGGCAAACUUCUGGGAAUGGUCCCACAGCUACCAGAUGGGUUUGAAGAAGACGAUCUUCUCACCUGGGCACAUCACUCGGAUUUGAAAACAGUCCCAGACGCAAUGCUGCUCAAGGCAAUUGAAGCAGACCAGGAGAAUGCUCCAGAACAGACGUUGCUUGGACGGGGGGUUUUAGCGGACGAUAACGGUACCGACGAUCUGAAGGGGGCAGCUGAACAUUUUCAGCCAGUUUCAUUCGCAAUGUCUUGCAGAGUUGAAUUUAACAAAGAGAGAGAAGAACACUUGCGUCUCAGCACGGCAAAUGCUGCUGAAGUGUCCUUGCUGAAGAAGCAAAAGAACGAACCUGGGUCCAGCGCAGUUGGGUCUGAGCAAAUUUCAGCAGUAUCUGCCCACCUAAAGUGUGCCUCAGGCCUACCGACGUCUGAUUGUUCUGCGAAUGAUCUAGUGGCGAAGCCUAUCGACUAUAACGUUCCAGAACUUACGUCGGAUGGGAGGCAGACUGUCACUAGUGAAGCAUUGACAACCGCUGCAGCAAGCCCUGCAGGGCAGCCCUUCCGUCAUGAUGGAGGCGUGUCAGGACUUUCUAGCUCUGGCGAAGGCACUACGACGAGCGAAGAUGACACACAUACUGAGGAUUCAGAUGCAGUUAUGGAAGAGGCAAGCGACAGUGGUUCUGAUUAA